AUCUCCUCGGUCUCCGAGAAUCUCUCAGGAAGAAAAUAUGCCUAUUCACAAGCAAAAUGUUGGAGGGCUUGCCGAUUCUACCCUUGCAAACGCCGAUGAAGAACAGAAUCCCAUGGUUCUGUAUUUCAAAGACGAGUUAAAAGAGUCUAAAAGACCUUUUAAACUACAAAAUGCAGAAAUAUUAUCAGUUUCCAAAGAAAAGCAGGAUGCUUACGACGAUUACGAUGGGGCUCCAUCAAAACGGUUGCUCUUGUGUCUGAGUAUAAUUGAGGAUGAUAAAGCCUUCAUCAAUGAGAGGAAUGGGCGGUUCUUUGCUAACUAUUGGGGGUUUGAAUUUUGGAAGAGCUAUACGAAGGGGAAGGAUAUUGUGGAUACAAGUCAAUCCGAAUCUACACUUGUUCAGAUUGCAUGGAUUGCAUCAACGGCUUCAGAUAUUAUAAUUGGAAAGGGAAACCAAUUAUCACCCUCAAGCCCCUUCCUUAUAUACUUGGUCCCCUCUCAACGGGAAGUGAUUAAGGUAUUCCAAGUCUGCAAGCCUUUGAUAACAAGUGGAAUACUCACUCUUUGUCAAGAUCAUGUCCUUACGAGCACACCAGACAUUUUUGUUUCCACUCCCAAGAGACUCAAAGAGCUCAUAUCGUGUAAGGCCAUAGACGUAUCCAUGGUUUCUUUUCUGGUAAUUGAUGGACCUCGUUAUGAUGGCGAUAGUGUUGAAGCCAUUAAAACCAUUAAGAAUUUGAUGCUUAGCAGUUCACAGACUAUGGUUUUCGGUGGUUGCUUGAUUGAUCCAUCUCCUUCAGCUUCAUAGUUUCCAUUGGGAGUUUGGUUGCAGAUUCUACAUGUUUGGUUUGCAAUAAUGGGAGAACAUUUAUAGGAAUAUGAUUCCGGGAAAAAAUGUAAUAUGUGAGAAAUAGGAUAGGAAUAUGAAUGUGGCCUCGAGUAUAUUGUUAUUCCAUUGUUUGGUUUGCGAAAAAAAUAAUGCAAGAAAUUGUUGUUUGAAAG